UAAACAACAACAACAACAACAACAAAAACAACAAAUAAUAUUAUUUAGCACAUAAUUAUUCACAACAAAAAUGGUAGAAUUAUAUGACUCUUAUGGAAUUAAAAUUUAUGUUGAUCAUAAUAAAACAACAAUCAAAGGUAUCGAUUUACAGAAAAAGUUGGCAAAAUUCUUUUUAAAUAAAAAAGUUCCAUACUCUUUAAUCUCAAUCUUUGAUAUUGCAAAUAAUUUUGAUAUUCAAAAAAGAAUUAAAGACCACUGUAAAAGAAUUCCAAGAUAUCCAUAUAUUGAAAUUAAUGGUCAAUUAUGGGGUGAGGGAAUUGCCAUAGAAGACUCACCACAACUUAACGAAUUAAUUAGUACUCUUAUUAAAUAUGGUAACGAAGAAAAUGAAAAUAAUAAAAUUGUUGAUGCAUUCAUCUCUGAUAAAAUCGAAGAUAUCGAAGAAAUCGAACAAAAAGAAACUCUUUCAGUUGGUUAUUUAGAUUCUGGCUUAAAUAUAUUGGAAUGGAUAUCAUUCGGAUUGGUCUCAAAUAUUUGGAACCCAUGGUCUACCCCUAUCGAACCAGUUAAUGAUGAAGCAGAUUUCGAAUGUGACACUAUUCGUACCAAUUGGUAUGGUAGACACCAAUAUAGAAAGUAUAGAUUCACUCCAACCGAAAUAUAUAGAAUUCAUAACAAUCUAAUUAGAACUACUCUUCACUAUAGAGAUAUUCAACAACUUAUUCUUGUUGAUAAAAAAAAUAUAAUUAUUAAAAUUUUAAAUAUCGAAGAUCAAUACAUUCAAGCCUUAGAAGACGAUAUUAUUAAAAUGAUUGAUACAAUUACAUCAAGAGCCUAUUUAGUUCCAGAUGGAGAAAGCAAAUGGAUAUCAAAUAUCGUUACAAAUUAAUUGGAAAAAAAAAAUAAUAUAAUUAUUUUUUUUUAAUUUAAUAUAUAUACUUCAAAUUUAUAACUUAUAUAUUUAUUAUAUAUGAUUUAUUAAAAAAAAAAAAUCAUAAAUCAUAAAGCAAACUAAACAGUGGGACAAUACAUAUUCAAAUUAAACCAACUCUAUAUAACUACUAUAUAUUUUUAUCUAUUUAUUUAAUGUAAUAAAAUAUUUUAAAUAAAAAAAACAUAUCCCAUUUUAUGUAUUU